UCUUGUCUCAUUCCAGAUACCAGAGUUUUACGUAAAGAUGAGGAAAUCAGAGAUUUCUGAUUUCCACCUGGAGGCGGACGACAGAACGGAGGAGGAGAAACGGAAGCAAAAGGCACCAAAGAAGGAUGGCUUGGCUUCUGCUUUAGGUUUGAGCAAGGAGGCUCCUAAAGCCCCGAUGGACACCGACUACCAGGAGGAAAUGGAGCCGGUCAAGCCUCAGAUCCGAUUCAAUCUCAACUUUGACAAAGGGAUUCGAGGUGAGGCAUCACAGCCAAAGAGAGACAGCUCCACUUUCAACAUUGAGCGUCUGUUUGAAGCAGUGGGCAGCAGAGACGUCAGCAAACUGGACGGCCUGUACCAGUACUUGCAUCAGAACAUGAAGAAACUCUCUGACUCUCUGUAUCAGUCUUACGGUAAAACCGCCCUGAUGAAAGCUCUGCUGCACCUCAAAGAUGGCAAAAACGAAACCAUAGAGGAGCUGGUCAAAGUUUCAGAGAGGAUCGGCGACAUAAAAGAGUUUGUGAACUCCGCCUUCACAGAUAGCUACUAUAAAGGUCAGACUGCUCUACAUAUCGCCAUUGAGAGGAGAAGUAUGUCUUAUGUAAAGCUGCUUGUUAGCAAAGGUGCAGAUGUUCACGCCAAGGCCUGUGGGAAGUUUUUUCAGCCUCAUCGUGGUCCCAACUUCUACUUUGGUGAGCUGCCCCUGUCUCUAGCAGCCUGCACAAACCAGCCUGACAUCGUGAGCUAUUUGAUGGAGAAUGAGUAUCCAGCGGACGCCAAGAUGGCAGACUCUCACGGCAACACAGUGUUGCACGCCCUGGUGUUGGUGGCCGAUAACUCGAAGGAGAACACAGAAUUCAUAACGGCCAUUUAUGAUCUUAUCCUAAAGACCACUGCCCGACUGCAUCCCAAGAUAAAGCUGGAGGAGAGAGAGAACAACGAUAGACUCACACCUCUCAAACUGGCUGCCAAGAAUGGCAAGAUUGGGGUAUUUUCUCACAUCCUGCAAAGGGAAUUCCAGGAGAAUCACUUCAAGCACUUGUCCCGUAAAUUCACCGAGUGGGUUUACGGACCCGUCCACAGUUCUCUGUACGACCUGUCCUCUGUGGACUCAUACGAGAACAACUCUGUUCUGGACAUUCUAGUCUAUGGCAGUGAAAUUCCCAACCGCCACGAGAUGCUGGAGAAGGAGCCGCUCAGCUGCCUCCUGGAGGAUAAGUGGAAGAAGUUUGGAGGUGGAAUGUUUUUUUUCAACUUCCUGGUCUACCUUGUGUACCUGAUCAUCUUCACUGUUGUAGCCUACAAUAAAAAAGAUGCAACACAGCUUCCGUUUAUCCCUGAGGACGCCUGGGGUUACCUGUAUGUUUUAGGACAGCUGAUGACUUUACUAGCAAACUGCUAUUUCUUUGUCAUUGGGAUUGUGGGCAUGACGAGGAAGAGGCCGAAGCUGCAGACACUACUGAUUGAUGGAUAUUAUGAGAUUCUCUUCUUCACUCAGGGUUUACUGUUCCUGGUCGCCACUGCUCUGUUCUUGGCGGGGAGGCAGGAGUACCUGGGCUUCCUGGUGAUCUGUCUGGCUCUCAGCUGGGUGAACAUACUGUACUACUCCAGGGGCGACAAACACAUGGGCAUCUACAGUGUCAUGAUACAGAUGAUGAUAGUCAGCGAUAUCCUGCGCUUCUUUUUUGUUUACAUCGUUUUCCUCUUGGGAUUUUCAGCAGCCCUAGUCACACUGCUUAAGGAACCUGCACCCAAAAACCAAACAGAACAAGGGAAUCCAAGUCUUUCUGAUAAACCCACAACUGAUUUAUCAAAAUGUGUCACAACUCGCUACAAAGGCGUCGCUCAUAUCAUCCUGCAGCUCUUCAAGUUCACCAUCGGCAUGGGCGACAUCGAGUUCAUGCAGAAUCACGAGGACCUGGAGGUCUUCUACCUCCUCCUUAUUGGCUACAUUGUUCUUUCCUACAUCCUGCUGCUCAACCUGCUCAUAGCCCUAAUGAACAACACUGUGAAAAAGACCAGGAAGGAGAGCGCUGGCAUUUGGAGGCUGCAGAGGGCUCUCACAAUCCUGGACAUGGAGAAGCGGAUACCCUGCUGUCUGAAGAACAGUUUUCGCUCUGGGGUGGAGAGGAAACUCGGCACCGCUUUUGGAGACGAUCGUCGAAGGUGUUUCAGGGUUGAGGAAAUAAACUGGAACAAAUGGAACACCGACCUGGUCAACAUCAGUGAGGAUCCGGGAUGCUGUGAUCUGAGCCAGCAGCCUGAUUUGGAGAGCCCUUCCAGAGAAUUUAACAUAGGAAGAAGCUGGAGAGGCUUUUUUAAGGACAGCACAAUGAUGAGGAGGCGGAUGCCUCAGUAAACUUAGAUGAGCUCUCGUCCUGUAUAUCUGAAGAAGAAGAAGGAGAACAAGAGGAAGAAGAAGUUAAACAUGGCUGCUUGGCUUGAUCAACACGGUUUUCCCAACUCAAACAUAUUGUUGUGUAAAACAGAAGAACUUUAACUGAUUCCCUAACUGACUUGGAAGUGUUUGUUUAUUGUGUUGUAUUGACUAUAUGCAAGAAAAAACAAAAACAAAAAAGAAACUUGAGUGAUCAAACUGAAGGCACACAAUGAAAUGAUCACUUGAGGCACCAUGGGUUUGUGGUUUUCGCAGCACAAAAAAGGUUGAAAUUGCACUCUGUGCUUAUUACAGGCAAACAAAGCCGUACAUGCCACAUGUACAUGCCACUGGCUGCCUCGCCCACUGGCUGACUGACAGAAAUCUAUUUUAACACCUACGUACAUAAGAAUCUACCUGAAGCCAACACAAGACGAAGAUACACACCAAACAAAUGUAUCUAUUUGUUCAAAGCAGUAUGUUGUUGCUUAAGUGUAAUGUUACAAAAAUACUGGAAACACAGAACAAAACAAAACCAAGUGCAAAAAGACAGCAGGCUAUAGCGGUGAAGUGAGGGGAGCAAGCAGCCAGGAGUGACAACAGACGCGUUUCAGUGUUGGGAGGCUGAAUGAUGGACCAAAAGACCAGGGCUGAUUAGCUGACGGGUUGCAGGUGUGAUGAGAGGGAGCAGAGACAUGAGUCCAGGUGGAACAGGAAGUCAGUUCAUCAUUAUCGCCAGUAAUGCAUCGUUAUCUUCAUGCAUAUGCAUUUUAAAUCACCAAGUAAAUAUUUGUGUCCACUAGAGUACCUUUCUGCCAUCAGCUGUCUGAAGUCCAACAAAGCUGAUCUGAUGAAUGCAUGACAGUCUCCUCAUUACCUUUGAGCACAAAAGAAGCUUAAAAUAAAAUAAAAAAAAUUGUAUUUACCAAUGUGUUACUGCAAGUAUAUUGUAAUAUAUUCUAAUGCAUUUUUGAAUAUAUUAUAUUCACAUGUAUGACUUGUGGUUAUAUUGCGAUAUAUUGGAAAAUGUAGAUGCAAAAUCUCAUACAUGGAAAUAUGUUGCUUAAUGUAUUGAAUGAUAUUUUCCAAUACGCAGCGUCAUAAUUUUGUUUUGUGAAAGCAGCUGACCUUCGCCCCAUGCCAGCUGACUUCGCACCUCCUGACUCUCCUCAGCUUGAGUCAUACUUCCCCACAGCAUGCUGCUACCACCAAUAUACUGUUUAAGGUUUGGUCAGCUCUGUGGUACUGGUCAGAGAUAGGAUCAUGGGUCAUGAGAGAGGGGAAAGACACGGGGCAACAGUCGCCAUUCAACACCCUGAAAGGCAGAACUUGAAUUGCUGUUUGGUUUAUGUGAUGAUUAAUAACUGUAAUUGAUCAUUUAUUAUUUGUUGAAUUAAUAAAAUGAUUAUUUAAUUUAA